GGAAUGAUGAUGGGAUACGCUCGUCGGAGAUAGUGUGGAUUUAGUUGGCUCGCGGAAGACUCGGACUAUGCCGUUUACGCACUCCAGAGUCCCACAUCAUCUGUGCUGGGAAACCACAUCACUGACUGUACAGUUUUAAAACGUAUCUCAAGAUGCCAAACUUGAUUUUAGUUUUAUAUUUACUUCAAGGACUGACUCAUUUUAUCAGCGCGCAAAGUUCCGCGCCCUGGAGGAACCGGAUCAAGUGGGUGAAUAACGGCCAGGUGUUCAAUUUAAUGAGCACCGGCUCUGAGUAUCACGCACCGGUGCCGUCCAGAAGACAGUCCAGGGUUUAUCCGAGCAGAGAUGCUUCCCGGGACGGGACCAUGCGAAUUCGAGUGGAAUCGGUUGAGAGACCCGCUAUCAGCGUACCGGAUAGCAGCACCGCGCUUUUGGGCCCCGACCGCAUGCAGUACAUAGUGGCCAACAGCCGCGCACCGGGUGCCAGGCAAAUGCAUGUGCGCCAGAGGCUCAGAACAGCUCCAGGAGGAACCAGAAGUAACGCCACGGUCCUGUCUGAAUACUCAGGUGGUGGAGGAGCCCCUGCACAGGGGGGAAAUACCGCACGGAGGGCGCCAGUGGUUGCCAAUCUCCAACAGCUGGCCGCGCCCACGGAGAAUCCAAACACCUUCAAUUCGGAUUAUGGAAAUAAUGAAGCGGCUCUCCACAGAGCGCAAGCACCAAAUGUCCCGGAUGAGCAGGGAACAGCGUCUGAAAGUAUGGCAGGAGAUGAUCCACGCAACAGGAAUACCGUCUUCUACAACAUCUAUCCUCCCGGGGGCCGGACGCUCAUUCCCCGCAGACCGCCGCCUGGCACCGGGUAUGGCACCAGAUAUUUCCAGAACGGUCUUCCGGACCUUGUGCCAGAUCCAUAUUCCAUCCAGGCGGGCUCAUAUAUCCAGCGCGUCCAGAUGUACGCGCUCCGGUGCGCGUCGGAGGAGAACUGCCUGGCGCGAUCUGCGUACAGACCCACGGUGAGAGACAUAGACUACAGGGUUCUCCUUCGCUUCCCACAGAAAGUCAGGAACAUGGGAACGACUGACUUUCUGCCGGUCAAACCCAGACAUCAGUGGGAGUGGCACAGCUGUCAUCAGCACUAUCACAGCAUGGAUGCAUUCAGUAACUACGAUCUCCUGGACAUCGGCACUGGACGGAAGGUCGCUGAGGGACACAAGGCCAGUUUCUGUCUGGAAGACACCGGCUGCGAUCCGGGAUUUCGCCGCAGAUACGCAUGCACUGCACACACACAGGGUUUGAGCCCAGGCUGCCACGACACAUACGCUGCCAACAUCGACUGCCAAUGGAUCGACAUCACAGACGUCGCUCCUGGGAACUACAUUCUCAAGGUCACUGUCAAUCCAGACUACCUGGUGCCCGAGUCGGACUUCUCCAAUAACGUUGUGCGGUGUGAGGUCAUUUACACUGGCAUUUACAUCCAAACAAGAAACUGCAUCAUAACUGGGAGUUAAAGCCCUCGGUUCGGGUCAACAAGAUGAUUGUGUUUAAAGGCCUAUAUAAUAGGUUUAACUAUAAUAAUUUAACUUGAAACAUUCCUUAUAGAUGUUGGAAUAAUAUUUAAUGACAAAUGUACUGUAUCUAUUUUAUACGAGUUGGCGAGUGUUUUUGUGAUGUUUGCAUUUUAAGAGAAUGUCUUUUUGCAACAUGAAUAUUGUUAGUAGUAUUUUGCUUUUUAGCGUUCGUAUUUAUUACACAAAUUAUAAAAAAUAUGCACAUUUACUUAUACUAGCUAUGAUAUUGAGGGACGUUUUGUGUUUUUAUUGGAUGGUGAAUUCCCAGUGGUCGAGUGUUUUCCUCCUCUAGUGUAAAAUACACACUCGGGUUUCCAGGUGUCCUUCGAUAUUUCUGUGCAACAUCUUGAAAGACUUUGCUGCGUGUUUCCUUUGUCUUUGCCAUGAUUAUAAGAAUCGUUCCAGAAAUCCCGGACUUGGAUGGACGAAGUCGUUUGUGGCUUGAUAUGCAAUAAACAGAAAUGGAGAGAAUGUAAUACAGAAAAUGGAUUGUGGUUCUUUUCUAAACUCCUUCUUCAUUAAAUCACGGGUUCAGUCAAUACAGUAAAGUUCAAAUGAGCUAUCAGGAGAAAUGUUUAAACAGGAAUGAAGGCAUUAUUGAAGUGUAGAUGUGGGAUGAGAGCCGAGACUGAGCCAAAGACAUCAGAGUCUGAGAGCUUAAAAUUCAACUCUGUCGAACUAUUGGGUGAAAGUCUUCAUGGUUGGGAGAUUAUGACUUUGGAACAAAUGUAGUUUAUAUUUUUAAUAAACAUCCUAAUGGGGCA